GAUUCGGGUCUACCUUAAGCUGCUGGACUUGAUGUUUGCGAAGCAGCCACAACGAUCACAAGGUUUUGAGGGGUGAAGUGGUGAACUGACAAAACGAAACAAAACAGCUCUCAAUAUUUCUCCAUUGUUAUAAGCGGUUCAGCUUUUGGGUAUACGGGUCAGAGCUGAACCAAAUGGCUUGCAUGAAAAUUUUCAGUCUUACGAGGACAGAAUGGCGUAUGCCAAUUAACAAAGUAAAAAGCCACGUUAUUGAGAAAUUAACUACAAGCAUCAGUCCAUCUCUAUAUAAACUCUCCUUCUCCCAAGCCUGUGAACAAGUCUUGUAUCCCUCAAAACCAAUUAAAAGAGUCUCACAACCUUCUCCAGCGUGUGUCCAAUUCAAUUUCUUGAAGGAGGAAUGCAGCAGGGAAAGAAGAGGUUGGCAACAUUGGUGGGGUGCAACUACCCCAAUACUCAGCAUGAGCUCCAUGGCUGCAUCAACGACGUCCAUGCGAUGAGCGACGUCCUCGUUGCCCGUUUUGGCUUCGACCGCAGCGACAUACUCAUCCUCACCGAUGCCUCCGGCUCGCCGUCGCUCCCCACCGGCGCCAACAUCAAGAGAGCACUUGCUGCCAUGAUCGCCCGAGCUGAGCCUGGGGAUGUCCUCUUCUUCCACUACAGCGGCCAUGGCACCCUCAUCCCCGCCGUGAAGCCGCACCAUAGCUGGCAUGGUCAUGACGAGGCCAUCGUCCCUUGCGACUUCAAUCUCAUCACUGAUAUCGACUUUCGGCAACUGGUCGACCGCCUGCCGGCUGGAGUGACCUUCACCAUGAUCUCCGAUUCGUGCCACAGCGGUGGCCUCAUCGACAAAGAGAAAGAACAAAUCGGCCCAUCCACCACCAUUGACCGCACCGUUCUUCCACAGCAUCCAAGGAUCAUCCCAUUCAAGUCCAUUCUGGACCACCUCAGCUCUCUCUCCGGCAUAGACUCGCCGCACGUCGGCGACCACCUCUCGACCCUCUUUGGUGCGGAGGCCAGUGCCAAAUAUUCCAAAGGAUCCAACCUCCUCUUGGAGCCUCUAAAACCAGACAACGGGAUCCUUCUAAGUGGGUGCCAAACCAAUGAAACCUCAGCUGACAUGAGCCCGGAGUAUGGAUGGGCAGACAAGGCCUAUGGGGCCUUCAGCAACUCCAUUCAAAUGGUAUUAAAGGGGCAUGAGGGAGUUCUCAGCAAUAGAGAGUUGGUGACGAGUGCGCGGGCUUUGCUACGUUCACAAGGGUUUCUGCAACACCCAUGCUUGUAUUGCAGUGAUGAGAACGCGGAUGCACCCUUUCUCAUGUGGCAGCCGGUGGGGCAGCUGAGGUCGAGUAUGUGAGGCAUGGUGUGGGUGUGAGGAAGAAAAGAGUGGGGUGGGAUUGGUUGAUUUGUUUGAGAGAGGGCCUAAAAGCUCUUCUAUAUUGUGAAUAAGAAAUGAAAGGAAGAUUUACUUACAUUGUAAUCACAAUUGGGAGAGGUAACUUUAUUCCAUACCUCAUUUCAAAUUUAAUGCCACUACUUCUGCUGGGCUAGUUAAAUUAAAA